AUGUGUUCAUUUCCAAAUCUAGAAUUCUUUCCUAUGUCUCCUUGUUCAUGGGAUGAGCUUAUCUUCUCUCACGAGAUGCUCUCAGAAGUCCAGAUAAAAGAAGAAAAUAUUAUUUUCCAGGAUCCUACUUACGACCAUUAUGAGCUUUCCUCUGAAACAGAUCUAAGCAAAACCUCUCAUGACCAAGAGCAGAUCUUAGAAGUGAUUACAAAGCCAAAAGAAGAGCCUGAUGUCCAGAAAACACGAUUUAUAGGCGUCCGAAAAAGGCCCUGGGGAAAAUUUGCAGCAGAAAUUAGGGAUUCCACAAGAAACGGGAUUAGGGUAUGGCUAGGGACGUUUGACAGUGCAGAAGAAGCGGCUUUAAUUUAUGACCAAGCCGCAUUUUCAAUGAGGGGUUCCUCUACUCAACUCAACUUCCCAAUGGAGAGAGUGAAAGAGUCAUUAAAGGGGAAAAGCUACAGCUGUUUCAAGGAUGGAUCUUCACCAGCAGCAGUCAUAAAGGAGACUCAUAGAGUGAGAAGAAUUUCUAAAUGUAAGAGAAACAAUAAGAAUCAAGACCGUCCAAAAACUCCUGUGGUUUUUGAGGAUUUAGGAUCUGAUUUGCUGGAUCAGCUCUUGGGUACAUCUGAGAUCAGUUCUAGUUCUAGCACAAAUACAUAG